UGGUGCUCAAAUUUUACAUGGCUUUUUUCGGCAAAUAUUUCCAUUUUGGCCUGUAGGCCCGGGGAGACCAGUUGAUCACACACGUUUUGACACUGUUUGUGUAGGAUGAUUUUUCAGUGGUAGGCGUUUGAAGUGUAGGUUCAUGAUAGAUAUGAGAGACUGAUUUCCAGUUGUGAUUUUCGAUUUACGAUUUACUUCCAACAUGGUCAACAUUUGAACAAUUUUCAGACAUGUUUUGAAAGAAAUUAUUACAGAAGGAGCAAAGCCUCAACACUGUCAUUCGUAUGUUGACCCAAAAAUAAUCUAGUUUUGAGGACCUAACAUGUAAAAGAAUACAAAAAAAACUAGAGCAAAAAGCUUUAGGAAAAAUAGUUUAAUGGUAUCUAUCAGAGGACUGGAUAUAAGGAUUAUGAUAAAUGUAGUACGAAAUUUGUAGGAGACAUGUUUUAAGGAUCUUUCCCAGAGGACAAAAAAGGACCUUUUCUGGAGGAAGGCAAAGGCUUUUUAGAAGGAUCUUUCGCGAAGGACGAGACUUCAGAGUCGAGUAUGGAGGUAGACGAAGCAUUAGAAAGCCUUGGGAAGUAUGGAGUCUGGCAGCUGUGGCAUUAUGGCCUGUUUGCCUUGGCCAUGAUGAUUCCAACUUGCUUUCAACUCCUCGGAAUCAUUUUCACUGGGGCUGUUCCUCCCCACCACUGUCGAGUUGAGGACAACUCUUUGCUGGUCUAUGUCGAGAAGGAGGGGGAGCUAGUCAUGGACAGCUGUCACAUGUUGGAUUAUGAUACUACUAACACUACCGCCGGUCAGAACGCUUCUACCGUGGCUUGUAAAGACGGAUGGGUGUAUGAUGAGAAGUUUGGAAAUACCAUUGUCUCUCAGUGGGAUCUUGUUUGUGGAGACAAUUACCUAUCAGAACUAAGUCAGACGUUAUUUGUUGUUGGUAUGCUCACGGGAACUCUUGUCAUCCCGCCCCUAGCGGACAAAUUCGGCCGAAAACCUGCCCUCCUCCUCUGCCAUCUCAUGCUGGCCGUCGUCACCUUCAUUGGGGCUUUUUCGCCCAAUUAUUCUGCUUUUGCCCUCUGUAGAGUGAUACAGGGCUUGAUUGCCACGGGUAUCAUCUCCACCGGAUUUAUUGUUGCCUGUGAGCUCUUCCCCGCCAACAGGCGAACCGUUGCAGGCGUUGUCAUCGAGUUCUUUUGGACGUUUGCCAUGUUUUUCCUCUGCUUUCUGGGAUACAUGAUUCGAGAGUGGCGCCACCUACAGAUUGCCAUCGCGCUCAUUCCUGCACUCAGCUUGUCAGGGUACUGGCUGUGUCCCGAAUCUAUUCCGUGGCUAGUUGCAAACAACAGGGCGAGACAGGCAGACAAAAUACUCCAAAAAGCUGCUAAGAUGAAUAAAUUAGAUCUACCUCCGGUCAUAUUAAAGGCAGCAAAGAACGAGAAAAUCAUAAAUCAAUCAGAUGAUGACGAGAGAUCUCCAGAUGAGAAGUUGGAAUACAAUCAAUGGUGCGAUUGUAAGGAAUGUAUGGGGGAGUAUUUCACUCUGUUCACCAACAGAAAACUUAGGAAGAAUACUUUGAUACUGUUUUCUCUUUGGUUUGUCAACAGUCUUGUUUACUUCGGUCUUCAGUUUACAUCAGUGACACUGACUCCUAAUCGUUUCCUCAAUUUCUCCCUCAACGCCUUCGUCGAGAUCCCGGCAGUCAUUUUGAGUUUUUAUUUUCUCCAGAGGGUUGGUCGUCGUCUGCCGCUGUGUGGUUUCCACUUCUUUGCGGGUCUCUUCCUGGUCGUCCUGGUGUUCGUGCCCCGGAAGACGCCAUCGGGAGACAGUCUGGUCUGGCUUAUCGUCACCCUCAACAUGCUGGGGAAGCUAUUCAUCGCUGCAUCGUAUGAUACAAUCUUCCUUUACACCCCGGAGUUGUUCCCGACAAAUCUAAGGAAUACUGGUUUCGGGAUAUCAGCUUUUGCAAGAGUUGGUGGGAUGAUUGCUCCAUUUUCAACAUUAGUGGCUCGCACCAUCUCGUGGCUUCCCGGUGUGGUAUUUGGCGCUCUCUCUGUGGGCGUAGGUCUGCUCUCCCUUUGCCUACCGGAGACGCGCCAUCGCGCUUUGCCGCAGACCGCAGAGGAAUUGAACCAAUGGGAUGAGGAGGAUUGCUUCUCUUGCUGCCGGAAGCGGAAGGAGAGAGGAGGCAGAGGUGGUGAGGAAUCGAGGGCAGGCGAUGAACCUGUAACUGAUGAGCCGAAACCGAGGAAAUUCCCAACACCGAGCAAAGAGGAUGAAAUAGCAUAACGUGGUCUCUGUCACAGGAGGUAUUUCAACUGAGCUGAAAUUGAUGCGCCGAAGCCAUGCGGAGAACUCUAGUGCUUGAGAAAGGACGCAUGGGGAUGCCAUGAUGCGGGCCUAUUUGACCUGCCACGUGAUAAAACAGGGUAGAUGAUGUUUUGUAUUUGAUUAGAAUUUAUUUGAUCAAUGACUUAUCAAUUAUUUAUUUGGUUGCUGAUUAGCGUACGGUACAGACUCUCUUGUCGGCCGUGGUACAAAAAUCUGUUCGAAUGUUCUAGAUACUCGACAAAAUUCCUGGAAUGCCUCUCGAGAAAUAUCCUUUUCUCAUUGAAAAACCGUACUUAAAAAAGUGUUCCUACCUUUGUAUUUUUGAGUAAAUGUACUUGGUCGAUGCAUCGUUACAGUAUAUUUGUACGAAUUAUUUGCACGUCUUCAAUGUAUUUAUAAU